GGCCCUGACCCCGCCCCCCGAGGCAAGCCGCGCCUCCGCCGGCCCCACCCCUUCCGCCACAGGAGCCGCCUUUUCCGCUCUCCCUGGGCGGAACUCGGAACGCAGCGAGUGGCUAUGGCGCCGGUUGUGGCCCGCCGGCGGGCCCGGCAAAGGGUCCGGAUCUUGCCGCUGGCCGGGGCGCGGAGCCGCUCGGCGGAAGACUGGUGGUGGGAUCGGCUGGCGCCGAGCGGCUCCGGUUACCACCUGCUGCAGUCGGACAGCAUGCUGCUGGUGUUGCCAGGCCCGGGGCCCGCCCGCCCCCGCGCGCAGAGGCGCGCCUCCCGCCGUGCUCAGCUGCUGCGGCUCCGCGGGGCCCGCGCCGCUGAGGCCAAGGCCAAGCCCAGGACCGCACCCGCACCCGCACCCGCGCCCGCACCGCAGCAGGAGCCCGACCCGGGUUGGGGCGACCGCAUUCCCUUGGAAAUCCUGCUGCAGAUUUUCGGGCUGCUGGUGGCGGCGGAUGGGCCUAUACCCUUCCUUGGCAGGGCUGCACGCGUGUGCCGCCGCUGGCACGAGGCCGCCUCCCAGCCCGCGCUCUGGCACACUCUCACCCUGUCACCCCCGCUGGCUGGCCGCCCCGCCAAGAGUGGGACCAAGACUGAGAAGAAGCUCCUUGCUUCCCUGGAGUGGCUUAUGCCCAGUCGGUUCUCACAGCUCCAGAGGCUGACUCUCAUCCACUGGAAGUCCCAGGUACACCCUGUGUUGAAGCUGGUUAGCGAGUCCUGUCCCCGGCUCACCUUCCUCAAGCUUUCCGAUUGUCACGGUGUGACCCCUGACACUCUGAUCAUGCUAGCCAAAGCCUGCCCCCAGCUCCACAGCCUGGACAUACAGCACUCCAUGGUGAGCCCCGGAGUCCCCAGGGGCCCCAAGGAAGCCUGGGCUGAGUUGACCGGUGCCUCCGUGCUGGGUCUCCAGGUGGAGUCCACGGCUGUGGUAAGCUUCUUGGAGGAGGCGGGGCCCCGAAUGCGGAAGCUGUGGCUGACCUACAGCUCCCAGACGACAGCUGUCUUGGGUGCACUGCUGGUAGGUUGGUCACGGAUGGGCAGGAGCAGAGCUGGGUGCCGAGCCAGGGACUGCCAGGCCUCCGACCCUGUGUUCUCCGCCACCUCUCCAGGGCAGCUGCUGCCCGCAGCUCCAGCUCCUGGAGGUGAGCACUGGCCUCAACCACAACAGCACUCCCCUCCAGCUGCCCGUCGAGGCCCUGCAGAAAGGCUGCCCCCAGCUGCAGGUACCUGCCGCCCCACCUCUUUCACCGGUCACCCCCCUCCCCACCUGCAGCCCGGGCCUUGCUCCCAGGUGCUGCGGCUGCUGAACCUGACGUGGCUGCCCAAGCCUUCCGGGCGGGCGAUGACUCCCGGCCCGGGCUUCCCCCGCCUCGAGGAGCUCUGCCUCGCCAGCUCCACCUGCAACUUUGUGAGCAACGAGGUCCUGGACCGCCUGCUCCACGGCUCCCCUCACCUGCGCUUGCUGGAUCUCCGUGGCUGUGCUCGAAUCACACCUGCUGGCCUGCAUGAUCUGCCAUGUCAGGAGCUGGAGCAGCUUCACUUGGGCCUGUAUGGCAUGUCGGACCGGCUGACUCUAGCCAAGGAGGGCAGCCUUCUGUUAACGCAGAAGUGGUGCCACACUCUGCAGGAGCUGGACUUGAGUGGCCAGGGCUUCAGCGAGAAGGACCUGGAACAGGCCUUAGCUGCCUUCUCAGGCACCCCUGGGGGCUCGCACCUGGCACUGUGCUCCCUCAACCUCCGGGGCACCCGGGUCACACCAGGCACGGUCAGCUCUGUGAUCAGCAACUGCCCAGGUCUGCUGUACCUCAACCUGGAGUCCUGCCGCUGCCUUCCCCGGGGCCUGAAGCGGGCCUACAGGGGCCCAGAGGAAGUCCAGCGGUGUCUGCAGCAGCUGCUCACCAGCCUGCCCCCCGCCUCCCAGCUAGGCAGCUCCAGCCAGCCAGCCCUGCCCUGACCCCUUUCCCAUUUUUGGAUGUUUGAGCAUUUUGUUACAAUAAAACAUUUUUAGGAACUCGUGUGUGGUCUUUGGGAUCCCAGUGAGAGGCUAGGGGUUGUCUCUGAGGGAACUACUUGGGGCUAGAACUGGCCCAGAACCUGUGUGUUGUGGCGUUGGGGGCAGCCCCCCCCAGGGCUCCUGAGUCAGCCUGUGGCCGUGCCUUUUCUGCUCAAUCCUGGGCUCAAAUCUUGGACUGAGUGUGAGUGUGAGUGAGUGAGUGUGUUUGUGGGGGUGCUUUCCACCCUCAGGGACACUAAGGCGAGCUGUCUGUGAUUGUAUAUGAGGCUCCGACCCGGGCAGACGCGGCAAUGGAGAAGAGGAGGCCACGCUCAGCCACGGGGCUCGUGGUGGGGCACCUGCCUACAGAUUCCUCUCCAGCUCAGGCCUGGGAUGUCCCACUACCCCACCCUUCAGAACCCGCCGCCCAGAGCUUCUAGAACCCGGCGUAGCCCAGCCUAGACCGCCACUUGGUGUCGCUCCCCCGCUUUCGCCUGAGAACUGCUCCUUCCUGGACCGCAACCCUGAGGGCUUUAUUCUCCCAGGCCCCCAAGGGCCGGCUCAGCGGCCUGCCUGCGACCUCCGGCAGCAAGCCCUUCCAGCUCUGGGCCCAAGGACUCUUCUGCACCGAGCGCAACCUGGCCAAGCGCCUCAAGAACAACAGUUUCUACCCGUUCACGCAGCAGCAGCCCAACGGUGAGGGCGACACUCAGUUGCGAGGGGACCAGAACCCGGCGGAGCGGGGACGCGGGGCGGGGACUGGAAUCUGAACGGGGCGGGGCCGGGCCGGCUGCGGCCUGCGUGGGCGGCCUGCGUGGGCGCUGGAACCGCCGGCUGGGCCCGGACGGCGGCCCCGGGCCCUGCGGGCGGCGGGCUGUUCCGGGCCCAAGCCCUGGCACUUCCACCUCGGGCUGCAAGCAGGGGCCCGGUAUCCUCACGCGCCCCCGCCGCGCCGCCCCCAGUCUUCGUGCUCGAGUACUACCUGGACACGCUGUGGAAGGGGACGCUGCUCUUCAUCGUCUGCUUCUUCCUCGUCAGCUUCGGGCUUGUGAGCGAGGUCUGAGCUCCUGGGCCCGCCCCCCACGGCCUCCCUACCCUGGGGGCCGGACCCCCACUCGGUGCCCCGCCCCCGGGUCCCGCGGCGGCUCAGGAAGUCCCCGCGGCGCCCACAGGUGCAGAAGCAGGAGACUUGGGGCGUCCCAGCCUACGGCGUGGGCGUGGGCCUGUGGCUCAUGAUCUCGUCGCUGCCGCGGCGCCGCCUGGUGCUGAACCACGUGCGCGGCGUGUACCACUUCUCCAUCCAGGGCCGCACCGUGUGUCAGGGCCCCAUGCACCUGGUCUACGUGCGCAUGGCGCUCAGCUCCGACGGUGACGCACGGGGCGGGCCGCGGACUGGGGGAUGGCGUGCAGGGGAAGGGGAAGCCAUGUGGAGAGGGGUGGAGCGGACAACUGGCCCAAGCCCCCGCCCCCGGAGCCCCCGCCCCCGGCUCUCCAGAGACCUGGGGCUGAGCGGCUUGCCCCUUGCCAGCCUACGGAAGGUGCUUCUUCCAGCUGGUUCUGUGCGGCCACAAGCUGGAGCCGCUGGUGCUGGUGCAGCUGUCGGAGCGCUACGAGGUGGGUCCCGCCCAGCCCACCAUGGGGUUCCAGACACGCUCCCUUCCCCUCCUUGGUUCAACAUGACGCCAGCCACUGUUUAGGGUCUUAAGACAGGGCCAUUUCGCAGGUGGAGAGUUCAUACAACGGGGUCCUGGCCCAGGCCCUCAAGCUGGGAGCCGGCGGAGAGGGCGCCGGGGCUGACGGGCAGGGCUGGAGGUGCGGUCUGGCCAAGGGGAGGGGACGCCUCCGGCGCAGCUCUUGUUCGGGCAAGAGCUGACCACCACCCGCUCGCACAGCAAAUGGAAUACCUCGGCCGUCAUAUUGCCCGGAAGCUCAACAUUAACUACUUCGACUGCCUGGCCACGUCGUACCGGCACGUGGUCCGCCACUGGCCGCCGGGGGCCGCCGUCAGCCCGGGCAUCCUGCUGUGCGAGACCGGUGCCUAGGACAAGCGGAACUCUCAGUCCGCCCAGGACCUGUGAUGCUGCCAGCUGGCGCCCACCCCUCCCCCACCCCGGGACUGCAUUCUCCCUUCCCCUCCAAUCUCCCACCUCCACCCGACCACUGGCCUUCUCAAUAAAGCGACCUCCUGCUUCAA